CUGAGAUAGUGAGAAAAAAAGACACUGAUAUAGGGUUCUUGUUUGUUUGCUUGAUUUAGAGAUAUGGCGAAGUGGAUUGUUAUGCUUGUUCUUGCCCUAGUUGUGGUUCACGCUGGUGCAAGAAAUGUGCCCGCAACUACAGCUGUACCUACAAGCACCGCGCCUAUUAGUAAACUGAGUGCUGCUGGCGUUAACGACCAAAAGAACUUCCUCACUUACGGUGGCGUAGGAGGCUAUUCCGGUAUUGGCUCUAAUGGAUUACCAUUUGGCGGGGUGGGGGGGCUUGGUGGGGUUACUCCCCUCGGUGGUGCAGGUGGACUCGGAGGUGGAAUUGGUGGGAUUACUCCCCUUGGUGGAGCCGGUGGACUCGGUGGGCUUGGUGGAGGGGGAUUUGGCGGCUUGGGUGGCGGUGGUGCUGGAGUUGGAGGUGCUAUUGGCGGUGGAGCUGGAGCUGGUGGUGGUGUUGGCACUGGUGUCCUUCCUUUUCCUUGAAAGAUGUUAAGGGGCUUAAAUAUUUACCAUAAAAGUAGCUUAAACUAUUUUAAAAUGGUGUAGUUACGUGUUUAUUCUGCGUGAGAACUCAGAAAUCGUCUUUGUUUUGUU